AUUGUAUUUGUCAAACUCAAACCGCACAUUUUUUUUUAUUAGGUGUUUUGAUAUAUGUUAAUUUUAAAGAAUAGUUAUGUUUAUCAUAAAAUUUGAUGUUUCUUUAUGGAUAUGGAUAUAAUAAUAAUAAUAGUGAGAUUCAUCUUAAGGAAUGUUGUCAUAUCUAAUGUAAUAGGAAUAGGAGUGGUUGGAAAUAAUUGGUUGCACUUGUCCCACAAGGCACUAUUCAUGUGACUUAAAGGUUUGGAUUAACUACAACAACCUAGACUACAUGAGAUGAGAUGAAAUUCAUCCUUAAAUAUGAGUGUUACUUUUAUGUUUUAAAAGCAAAGCAUUUAUUUAAAAUUCUUGUUCUGCCUCUUGAGACAGCAAGGCCCAUUAUUCUUUUUUAUUUCUUUAAGUUUGCUUCAUCUGACAAGGUAUGUAUUGUAUAGUAUUCAUUAAGUUAAGCAUCAGUUGAGUUGAGGAUCAUAAACAUAACUAGAAAAGCAAUACAAUUAAUUAUUCUCAUCAUACACCUUUGUCUUUACAUUUUUUUUUUAUUGGUUAUAAAGCUUAGCUAACUGUGGUUAGUAUCAUGUCUGUGUGAAGCAUUUAAGAAAUUGGAAAACCACACUUCAUUCUGAUCUCACAUGAUAGUGAAAAACUUAAGAAUUAGAACAAAGACAAAACAGGUUGAAUAGGAUGAGCGAUUUAAACAGUGAAAGAUCAAAGAUGUGGAACGUAUACACGGCUUCAAACGCAGGUCCGUCACAUUCACAGACAGGAGGAGGAGGAGGAGGAGGAGGAGGAGGAGGAGUUGAUGAGGAAGGUCCAUGGAAAAGCUUUGGGACUUCUAUGAGUGCAAUAUCAUUUGGUUUUGUUGCCACAGCCAUUUUGAUUUCAAUGUUUCUAAUAAUGGCCAUAUUUGAACAUUUGUUUAAACCCACGCAACAGUUUUCUUCCACGCCAGAAUCUAUGCUGCCAACUUAUCAGGAACACCACUCACUACCAACCACAAAACAAGGAAAUGCACAAUCAGUUCUAUCAUCGUCUUAUGCAUGUGAUUUGUCAGUGUUGAUGCCGGGGCAGCAAUAUCCUACUUACAUUGCCCAACCUGCUCCUCUGCCUUGUCCAAGGGAAGGAGCUUAUUGGCCUUCUCACCAACAUCAUUUUGUAUUUAACAACUAGCAGUACAAAUUUUUCUAACCUACAUUAUUCAGAGACUAAGAGAUUAUUGGGAUAUAUUUAGAUAUCUAUAAUUGGCUGUUCUCCAAAGUCAAUGAGUAAAUGAUGACGGAUUCUCUUCAAAUUUGUCAAACUGCAACAGAAUUUUCUAAUGAAGUUCAACAAAACAUCCUUUAUUUAUUUAUACUAAACAUCCUU